GUGACUCCAGACCCGGGAGGAUGAGCGGUGGUCCCCGGAGGAUUGCUUCCUCCUGGCUGACGGAUGGAGGGAAGCAGCUCCUGCAAGGCUGCCUGUGGGGCUGCUGACCCGGAGAGCGGCGCUGGGCAGGCUAGGAGCAAACCUGCGUCCCCCUCCAGGGAGGCUCACGAGGGUGUCAAGGGGGUCAUCCUCUCUUCAUCAGUUUUAGAUUUGAGUCACAGUGGUCUUCACCAUUUAGGAGAGAUCUUUAAAGUUCUCAACCUCAGAGCGAGUGGGGCACCUCUGGGGCCUGGAUCUGCGGCUUCAGCGCUGGGGCUGAGAGAGCAAGAGCCUGAAGCUGACCUGGCGGCCAGGCCAAGAGUGUCCCGGCGCGAAGGCGUCCCCACACUGUGUCCAGUCGCCACUCACUCCCCAGAGGCUGCGCCCGCCGCCAACAGCGAGCGACGCAAUCACACCGUCAGUGGAACGCCCUCUGCACGGUUCCUAAGCGCUUCUCUCAGGGGCUGUGUAACCUCACCUGGCUGCACCUCCGCUCUAAUGGGAUCCCAGCGCUGCCUUCUGGGAUCGGCUGCCACAAUUAAAAAGAUGAGCGUAAGUGAGGCGCCACCUCCCCUGGUGGAUUUAUCCGCAGAGCGUGAGCCCAACGAAGAAACCAUUCAUUCUCAGGAGGCAGAGGGAACCAUGGUAACAGAAAAGGCAGGCUUUUUCCCACCUGUGGGAAAACUAGACCUGCGUGAGUGCAGAAGGUCCGCCGAGCCUCCGGAGGACUGGCCGAGCGAGGAGGAGAUCCGGCGCUUCUGGAAGCUGAGGCAGGAGAUCGUGGAGAACCAGCAAGCGGAGGUUCUGGAGCGCCAGCGCCUGGCGGAGCUGCCCCCAGCCCUCACGGCGGUGCUGAGCGACAAGGAGAAGCGGCGACCCCGCCCGAGACCCGUCUUCAGGACGAGGACGCCCUCCUUCAAGAGCGUCCUGCCCGAGCUGGCCCCAUGGCAGCAGGCCCAGGGCCGCACCGGCCUGCCGGAAGAGAGUAUCAGCCCAGAAGGAGCAGCGCAGGAGCCCCACAAACUGCCUGUCUCCAGCACGCUCUGGGCCCGCGAGGCCGGCUGGCGUGGACGGCGCCCUCCACCUUCUGGUUGUGUUCGGCCAGGGGGGGCUCCGGCGGGAGGUCAGAGAGAAGCGGGGAGGGAGGCAGGGUCCCUCUGCCCUGCCCACCGCUCCCACUGCUGGGUGCCAGCAGCCCUUCCUUCCCUCACCCCAGGGUCCCGGGGUGGCUGCCGCCCGUCCUCCUAUCCAGGUGCAGGGCGGGAGUGGGCCCUCACUGUGCGUCCCGACGGCCCUCUGCCCCGCAUCCAGGCAGGUCCCGCUGCUGCCCGGCUGUGGAAGCUCAGCACUGCCCCGCCCCCACUUGCUAAGCACCUCUGUCUCCGAGGCUCAGCUGUCCCCGCGGCCACCGUCCACACCCUCUGGCUCGGAGACAGGCGAGCACUGCAGGAGUGGAGGGUGCUGGCCCAGAGGAUGCAGAGGAGGAGGGAGGGGCUCAGCCACCUCCCGACCCCACGGAGGAACCUGGUGGCGUCCAAGGUUCCCUUUGCCACUGACCUGAUAGGUCAUGAGAAAAUACCGAUGCAUUCGCCUGGGAAACUGAAACAAAGCAAAGAGAAAUAAUUGCAAGCAAGUGAGGAAAUGAGUGCCUUCCGAGAGGAAAAGCGGAAACAGCACAUCCAGCAACUGCGGGAACGAAGAAGCAGAUUCCAAGGGUCGGCACCUCUUGAGGAGAUAGGGAGGGCCACGCAGGACUUGGAAAUUGCCAGGAGGCUGCAGGAUGAAGUAAUGAAACUAGAACUGAGGUCGACCUUGAACAGAAACCAUCAAUCUUGUGAGCGUCAGGGUAGAGGGAGCGGCUCGGCCGGCACUUCUGGCUCAGCCGGGCCACGGGUCGGGCCGCGCUGCCGGAAGGCUCACUGGGCUGGGCGUCUGGUUCCCUGUGAGUCCGGUCCUGGGAAAUGUGUGAAGACCUGCUUCACGGCUGCCGUACGACUUCCUCUGGGAAAUGUUCCGUGCGACUGGACGAGAAUCUACUUGGACGUAGCGCUGUUGGAUGUCGCGCUGUUGGACGUAGCGCUGUUGGACGUAGCGCUGUUGGAUGUAGCGCUGUGUGUCCAUCAGGUGGAUUGACGGUGUUGGUCAGAUCUCCCGCAUCCUCCAGGUUGGUUCAUCUUGUCCUGUCGGCUGGAUACCAUUUCCAGCCACGGUUGUGGCCUCACGUAUGUCUCCCUUUAGCCGUGUCAGCUGCUGCUGUAUGUGGUUCCAAACUAUGUUAUUAGAUGCCUACGCAUUUAGGGUUGUUGUGUCUUCCUGUUGAAUUAGCCUUUCCGUCAAUAGGAAAUACUUCUCUUUAUCCCGUGUUCCAUACUUCUUGCCUUUGAGGUCUAUUUUGUCUGAUGUUAAUAUGGGCAUUUAUACCACCCCUGCUCCAGUGAGCGUUUACCAAUACGUCUUCCAUCCUUUUACUUCAAUCUUUCUGGGUUUUUAUGUGUAAAGUACGUCUUAUGUAAAUAUCAUAUACUUGGGUCUUCCUUCCUUUCUCUAGCCUGACAAUCUUUGUCUUUUAAUUAGAGGGUUUAGUCCCCUUACAUUCAUAUGGUUGAUUUUAAGUCUCCCCUCUUGCUAUUUGUUUUAUGAGUCUCAUGUUCUUUUAUUCUUCCUUCGCUGUUCUCUGAUAAAGUAAGCAACUUUUUAAAAAAUUUUAAAUUAUUUUUAAAAUUUUACCCGGGGCAGCGGAGAGGGAAGGGAAGGAAACAUGCAGGGUCAGGGGAUGCAGGGAGGAAAAUACACGUCUAAUUUUCCAAAAUUACCAGAGGAGGUAAAAGGAUCGUACCUCCUAACAGAAUGCAGAGCACAGGGGACUUCAGGUGAACAGGGUGAAAAACGGAGUGAACAGCAAGCCAGCAAAACAAACAAAUACAAAGAUGGAAGGAAUGAAAUCAAGUGUAUCAGCCGUCACGUUGAACUUGCUAAUACUAAAUUGUUCUAUUGGCCUUUUAAAGAAAUACAUAAUGCAACAAUCUUUGACUUUUACCCAUA